UUUACCCACUCUCACUCUGGCUCUCAGUGUCUAUGUCCAGACUGCUGCUUCAGACCUCACCACCCCUUUCAAUUCAAACCAACUUUAAGCCACACUUCUGAGCGUGUGAGCCAGCAUUUCAUCCACAGUCUGCUGUGCACUUUCAGGAGCCUCUUCAUUUGUGAAGGUUUCAGCUGGAGAACAGUCACCAAAAGUGACCAUGGUGAGGAUCAUACUACUGCUACUGGUCACCCUGACGGGGCCUUUCUGUACCUUUACCCAAGCAAGUACUCUGGUGGUGCCAACAACUUCAGAACCAAAUCUUGCAUCAGAGCCGCCUGUUUUCACAAUCAAAACAGAGGAACCAGCUCCUCGAGAUGCUGUUUCAACGCCUUCUCCUGAGACUACAGAAGCAGCUGCCUUAACAGAUGCGCCAGCGGUUUCCACAGCAGCACCAAUGAUACAUUCAGAUGCCCCAUUAGAAACAACAGCUCCAACAGAUACAGCACAAUCAACAGAAGCUGGACCUAAAGAGACAGCCGGCCCUGAAGCCACUACUGUCAUUGCGAGAACAGAAGAAGCUAAGAAAACUGAAGAAACUAAAUCAAAGACUGCAGAUAAAGAGGAGGAUGAAGGUAUGGGCACAGGACAGUUGGUGGGGAUCGUAAUCGGUGCAUUGAUCAUAGGGAUUAUUGUCAUUGCUGUGAUCAUCUUGGUGGUCAGAAGAAUGGGCCAAUACUCGACUGCAAAGAAACGAAAGCCUCAAAAACAAGAGAGCAUCUUGAUCUCUCCCCUGAAAAGAAAGGCACGACAGGAAGAGAAGAAGAAGAAGAAGAAAUCCGGGAAGUUCUGAACUAUUGUUCUGAUGUCAAAAUCAAUGCAAGCAGCACUCUCACCAUCCAUCCAGGACUUUACGGGGAGCAGGAGAGUGUCCCAUCCCCUAUCCCAUUAAAAAAGAUGCCCUCCCACAAAAACACCUUCCCAGUGCCCACAAGUCCCUUUAUUUAGCAUGAAAAGCCCCAUUUAUCCCAACACUGGGAGGCCACAGGAAGUUACAGUAUCUUUUUUUAAUGCAUAUUAGUGUAACAGGAGAUUAAAUGAAUGUUGAAUUUGUGAAGGGUCUACUAAACAAAAACAAACAAACAGCUGCCCAUGCAAGCAAAAGCUUGUAUGUUUUUAUUCCACUGAGUGUAAAAAUCAUACAGAAAAAAAACCUUAUCCAAAAUCAUUAUUCUUUUCCCCAUUCUACAGAUGUGUCCAAUAGGACUAUGACGCAUUAUGAACAGUCUAUGAACUGUCAUAAGCAGAUGCUGAGGACACAUUCUGUUCUCAAGAUGUGUAAGCGGCAUUAACUAAGAAAUAUUCUUUUUAAUUAUGAGUUAAGGGGAGCAGCACACAAUAAGUGCUUGAGAUUUACUUGUUUGAAGU